AUGGGAGACUGGAAUUUCCUUGGAGGCAUUUUAGAGGAGGUCCACAUUCAUUCCACCAUUAUUGGAAAGAUUUGGCUCACUAUCCUCUUCAUAUUUCGAAUGCUUGUCCUUGGAGUGGCAACUGAGGAUGUUUGGAAUGAUGAACAAUCAGAAUUUAUAUGCAACACUGAGCAGCCUGGUUGCAGAAAUGUGUGCUAUGAUGAGGCCUUUCCCAUCUCCCUCAUCAGAUACUGGGUCUUGCAAGUUAUUUUUGUGUCUUCCCCUUCCUUGGUGUAUAUGGGGCAUGCCUUAUACAGACUAAGAGCCCUGGAAAAAGAAAGGCAAAAGAAGAAAGCUCAGGUAAGGGUGGAACUUGAAAGCACUGAAUUAGAAAUGACUGAAAAUCGUAAAAGACUGGAGAGAGAGCUCCGGCAGCUGGAUCAAAGGAAGCUGAACAAAGCACCCCUGAGAGGCUCUCUGCUCUGCACUUAUGUGAUACAUAUUUUCACAAGAUCUGCAGUGGAAGUUGGCUUUAUGAUUGGCCAGUAUCUUCUUUAUGGUUUUCACUUAGAUCCCCUUUAUAAAUGUCAGAGAGACCCAUGUCCAAACACAGUUGACUGCUUUGUAUCUAGACCAACAGAAAAGACAGUGUUUAUUUUAUUUAUGCAAUCAAUAGCAACUGUAUCAUUGCUUUUAAAUAUUCUAGAAAUUAUCCACUUAGGAUUCCGAAAAAUUAAAAUGGGACUCUGUGAGCAGAAUAGAACCAAAGAUGACUCCGAGAGUUUCUACAUAAACAAAUCUAAGAAAUACUCUGUGAUACCACACUCUUCUUUGGGAAUAUCCACCACCCCUCAGAAAACACUGCCUUGUGCCCUUAGCAAUUAUACCUUUCUGAUGGAAAAGCAAACUGACACUAUUCUCUACCCAGUUUUAAAUUCUCCUUCUAUGUUUCAGUCUGUGCCAAAUAACCGUACAGAAAGCAGCAGCAAUUACACCCACUGCAAUCAGGAAAAGAAAUCUCCAAAGAAGAGGCCAGCUACAAAUGCUUUGGACAAUCAGACUCAAAAUGCUAGCACAAAUAAUAACGAAGGCUUUCUUGGGGAGCUUUGGACUGAGACACAUCAUGCACAAGAAGAGGCUGAAAAGAAACAUUUUCUUGUUGAUCCUCAGAAUGCAGACACUGCUGCAAACAUGUACUUGAGAAGCUUUGCUGAGAUGCCAUCUCAAACUUCAGUGCAGCCUGGUACAACUUUUCCUGGUACCAGUUGUAGACGACAGGCAGUGGUUGAGAGCACAGCAGCACCAACAAAUUCUCUUCCAAAGAGCAGUGACAGAAGACAAAGCAGUUUCAGUGCAAACAAAGCCCCAAUUCCUUACAAUGCUGAUGGAAAAAACUCCAGCCGACCAGACACUUCUGAUUCCAUGGGGGUGGUGAGCUCAGAAUCCACACAAAGCAGAAACUGGAACAGUCCUAAGCUUUUCUCCCUGUCUAGGCAACAGUCACUGUCAAGCAAUGCCAGCAGCAGGCGUGCCCCCACUGAUCUUCAAAUAUAACAUGAGCUAACUCAUUACUGCACUAAUCAAUGCUGGGAUAAUUCCUGAGCACAGACACAACCCACACCUGUGUGUAAGUGCAACUAAAUAAUUCAACUUUAACCAGCUCUUUACAUAGGUAGAAAAGUUGUGUAACUCUUUGAAUAGUAGCUAAGUAAUUUUAAACA